GGCGAUCCCCCGUGUAAGAGUGAGGUGGAGGAGAACGUUCCAGGAGAUGUCACCACAGAGUAUCCCUCUGAGGAAAAUGUCAUGUUGUCACUAAAUUAUAAACUAGAAGAUGAAGACAUCAUGCAGCUCUCUUCAGGAGAAAACUUCUUUACUGUAAAUGUACAUCCAAGAUUUCACAGUACAGAUCUAUCCUAUAAUCUCUCUAAUCACGAGGAACCUUCUCCUGACCAAUCACAGAUUGUUACCACAAGUACAGGUCAGAAAGGGAGUGAAAGAUUUCAGUAUGGUAAACCAUUCUCAGGGCUCUCUACACACAGAAGAAUUCAAACAGGAGAGAAGCCAUACUCCUGCUCAGAAUGUGGAAAGUGCUUUACAGAUAAAUCAAGUCUUCUUAUACACUUGAGGAUUCAUACAGGAGAGAAGCCAUUUUCAUGUUCACUAUGUGGUAAAUGCUUUAGAGAAAAAUCAAGUCUUGUUAUACAUGAGAGAAUUCACAAAGGGGAGAAGCCGUAUUCAUGUUCAGAGUGUGAGAAGUGCUUUACAGAUAAAUCAAGUCUCGUUAGGCAUAAGAGAAUUCACACAGGGGAAAAACCAUAUUCAUGUUUACUGUGUGGAAAAUCUUUUACAAAUAAAUCUCAUCUUGUUAAGCAUGAGAGAAUUCACACAGGAGAGAAGCCAUAUUCAUGUUCACGCUGUAGAAGGUGCUUUAUAGAUAAAUCUCAUCUUGUUAAACAUGAGAGAAGUCACACAGGUGAGAAGCCAUUUUCAUGUUCACUAUGUGGGAAGAGCUUUAUAGAUAAAUCAAGUCUUGUUAGACAUGAGAAAAGUCACACAGGAGAGAAGCUGUAUUCAUGUUCAGUAUGUGAAAAAAGUUUUGCCCAAAAAUCAAAUCUUGUUUCGCAUGAGAGAAGUCACACAGGAGAGAAACCAUAUUCUUGUUCAGAAUGCGGGAAAUGUUUUAUGAAUAAAUCAAAUCUGGUUACACAUGAGAGAAGUCACACAGGGGAGAAGCCUUAUGCGUGUUCAGAAUGUGGUAAAUGUUUCACUGAUAAAUCAAAUCUGGUUACACAUAAGAGAAUUCACACAGGAGAGAGGCCGUAUUCAUGUUCCGAAUGUGGAAAGAGCUUUAUUACUAAAGCCAGACUUAGGGGUCAUCAGCGAAGUCACACAGGAGAGAAGCCAUAUUCAUGUUUGGAAUGUGGGAAAUGUUUUACAAACAAAUCAAAUCUUGUUAAACAUGAAAGAAUUCAUAGAGGAGCAAAAUCAUUGUAAAAUAUUUUGCAAGGAAAUCAAAUUUUUCAACUCGUAUAAGAAUUCACACAGAGAAGAAACCAUAUUCUUUUCGGGAUGUCGUAAAUGCUAUAACAGAAAAAAGUACCUGUACAUUUAACAUAUCAGGUUAUUUACAGAGAUUAACAGCCAAUAAGCAGGUUCAUAUUUGGGUAGAAUUAGCCUGGAUCUCCCAGACGACUAAAUUCUAUUUCUCUGGGAUUGACGGUGACCAGGAUCUAUUCAGGAAAAGUACUGUGGAUAUAAGGAAGAGAAGAAGAGCCUUGUUUACUUCCAGAGCAGUGAGGAUGAAUUGUCCCCAUGAACCUUGCUUCUUAUCACUGUAUUCACACCUCCACCCACACUGUGGCAGAGUCCAGAGUGACAUGGGGACAAGUAACGACGCUCCAUGUAAUUGUUUUAUAACGUAUGUGGACAUAUUAAUAUUUCAUCUUCAUUUGAAGGAUAUAAAUGUGAUCAAAGUGAACAAGAAACACUAAGAAAUGACUUUGCAGUACUUUAGAAAAAAAAAAUAUGUAUAGAAGGAAAUUUCAUAAAUGUAUUUAUCACUAUCUUAAAAACCUUAACUUACUAAUGAGCUGCUCCAGAUUUGGUACAAACGAUCAGGGAUUUUCCAAGCCCUGCUAAGAAGAAUGUGACAAUCGCAGAGAUUUCAGUACUGGUAAAAUGGAGCUACAUAGGGUAAUAACCUUUGAAUUACUCCUGCUAUUGGUAUGGCUGAUAGGUGCUCACCUGAUGCUGUAAUGAAAGUCACAACAGCUCUUUGUGUGGGCCAGUCACUGGAACAGCAGGUCCAUGGAGGUAUCGAUACACAAAACGAACAGGCCAAGUUCCCGCUGAAAGUAUACAUUGGUGCUUGAAGGUUUGUGAACCCUUCAAAAUAUUCUAUAUUCCUGCAUAAAUUCAACCUAAAACUAUGGUAGAUUUUUCACACACGUCCUAAAAGUAAAUAAAGAACCAAGUCAAACAAAAUUACAGUAGUCAAAAUAUUAGAACUGGUCAUUUAUUUGAGGAAAAUCAUAUCACAUGUCUGUAAAUGGUAAAAGUAUGUGAACCUUUGCUUUUAGUAUCUGCUGUGAACUCCUAUCUGCAACUUUUACCAUUUCUGGUAAUUGUUGAUUAGCCCUGUGUCCCAUAAGAGAAAAGGGAAAGUUUUUGCAUUACAAGAAUCAGCAUACACAUGGGGCGGACCAGCAUAGCACAGGCAUGUAACUCGUGGCGACGGCCAUUUCACGCUUCAGCUCUUCCUCAGGGCCAAAAUGGGUUGUUCCAUCAAUAAUGCCAAGGCCUGAACCAGAUGCAGAAAA